UCAAAAUCCAUCAAAAGAAACAGAGACCCCCAAAACCCUUUAAAGAUCUUCUCACUGCCACACAGAAUUUGUGGCUGAAAAUUCAUUGCCUUUACUGAUGUGGCACCCCUACCCCACCCCCGGAAAGAUACCCCUUUCUGUUCUCCCCCUCUUUUAGUCCAAACUAAGUACACACCAAAAAUUAUGAAAAAGAGAUUGUACCCCUAUUUGAAAAAACGACGACAAAAACUCAUGUUUCAGUCAGUAUAAGUUUGUUCUGUUCUGCAAGUAACAACAUCUACAAAAAGAAAGCGGAAGUAAAACUGGGAAGAAAAGAAAGAGAAUGUCAGAAGUUAGAGAUCCAGGGAUUAAACUUUUUGGAAAGACAAUUAUUUUGCCAAUUGAUGAUCUACGAAGCUCUUCUAUUAACACAACUUCACAUGAUGAUCAGAUCACUUCUGAAGGAGAGCUUACACAGAGUAAAAGAGAUGAUUUUACCAAUUCCACUGCAGACGAGUCGGUUGAACCAGAAAUAUCAUCUGGUAUAAGUGAUGACCCGAAGGCACAGGAUGCCUAUAAAAUAACAUUGUCCCCAAAAUCUACCGAGAAGGACGAUCCAAAUGAGGCAAGUGGCACUCAGGAUAAGGUACUGAAAAAGCCAGACAAAAUACUUCCCUGUCCGCGCUGUAAUAGCAUGGAAACCAAAUUCUGCUAUUAUAACAAUUACAAUGUCAACCAGCCCCGUUAUUUUUGCAAAAAGUGUCAGAGAUAUUGGACAGCUGGGGGAACAAUGAGAAAUGUGCCUGUGGGUUCUGGUCGCCGCAAGAACAAAAGUUCUUCCACUUCAAGUUACCGUCAUAUAAUGGUGUCAGAUGCCCUCCAAGCAGCCCGGUUUGAAGCAGCAAAUGGGAUGAACCUUCCUAGUUACAGAACAAAUGGAACUGUCCUUGCAUUUGGAUCAGAUAAACCUCUUUGUGAUUCCAUGGCUUCUAUAUUGAACAUUGCUGAGAAAUCACAUAACUCUAUUCAAAAUGGAUUUAAUGGAUCUGAACAAAGAAUGAUUGCUUCUUGUGGAGGGAAAGAAAUUGGGAAUGAUCGAUCAAGCGAGGCUUGUAGCACAACCUCAAAUUCAACAGAAAAGGGAAAUGAUUCCACUGCACGUGAUUUAGCCUGGAAGAAUUUUCAGGCCUUUCCACCGCAAGUGCAUCACUUUCCAGGGCCUCCUUGGCCUUAUACAUGUAAUGCGGCUCCCUGGACAUCUGCAGUGCCACCACCCACCCUUGCUCCAUCUGGUUUUCCGGUGUCAUUUUAUCCUCCACCCCCAUACUGGAGUUGCACUAUGGCAAGCCCUUGGAAUGUCCCGUGGGUAUCUCCACCACCCUCUUCUGCUAGUUGCUCUGUCCAUGGCAACAAUCCUAAUUCUCCAACCUUAGGGAAACAUUCUCGGGAUGAAAGCUCGUUUAAUCCAUCAAACAUGGCGAAAGAGGAUACUUUGCAGGAUAAAGAUGGAGAGAGAUGUGUACUGAUUCCUAAGACACUGAGAAUUGAUGAUCUAGAUGAAGCAGCUAAGAGCUCUAUGUGGUCUACACUAGGCAUUAAGAAUGAUAAGAAUGAUUCAGCUAAUGGCACGAGGCUCUUCAAGGCCUUCAAUACAAAAGUUGAUGAGAGAAACAAUGAAUCCGACACUAAUCUAGUCCUGCAAGCUAACCCCGCAGCCUUGUCCCGAUCACAUAAUUUCCAAGAGAGCACGUAAGGAUACCAAGUUCCUUCCCUUUAAAAUAGAGGAAAUACGUCUUCCUGAUCACAAUUGCGGAAAAUUGUAGCUCUUGUCUUGGCUGCAACAUGUUGGUUCCCAAGAACUUAUGUCAAUGCAGGAACUGAUUGAUGUAAUUGUGCAUCUUUAGGAAGAAAAACAGAUAACACAAUGGAGAACUAGCACCUGCUACUAAGUCCCAUUUGGCUAGCUAAGAUUCAUUUGUCUGUAGCAGCAGGAUAAGCAGCUAUUCAGGAGAAGCAUUUAUGGUUUGGCAGUUUGUUUAUUUUGUACAUAUAACCUGUAGGAUGGGCACUAAUGAUAUUGAAAAUAAGACCGACUUCUUGAAUGCAUGUAGGUAUGCAAUGGAAGAAUCUAUUGAUGUAAAUCUGGAAUAUCCUUUUUUCGAGAGUUUAUAUAUGAAGCUUUACUGACUUGAUAUUUAAA